GAACCUGUGCUGUUUCACGGCUGGUGCGACUUAGCAAGAAAAGGAUCUCGAUUUUAUGAUCAAUUAAGCUUAAAAUCCCAAUAAUUUAUCCUCGAUCCAACCACCUUCUCACCAUAUCCUUAUCUUAAUCCCUGUUUAGUUAAUUAUAUUAAACUCUUUUGUUAUUUUAUCACCAUUUUCAGCUCAUUUCAUUCCAAUUCGAGUUUAUACGAGCUAGUACUGGGGAGAUUUAAUCCGCCCAAUUAGUCAGUUACCGGAUUCGUCUAGGGAUGGCAGCGCAAAAUCAGGUAUUCAAUGCGGAUCAAUUCGAAGCGUACUUCAGGAAAGCUGAUUUAGAUGGAGAUGGCAGGAUCAGUGGAGCUGAAGCUGUUGCUUUCUUUCAAGGAGCCAAUUUGCCCAAACAAGUCCUUGCCCAGAUCUGGAUGAAUGCUGAUCAGAGUCAUGUUGGCUUCCUUAGUCGUGCUGAAUUUUAUAAUGCUCUCAAACUUGUGACAGUUGCACAGAGUAAAAGAGAAUUGACACCAGACAUUGUGAAGGCAGCAUUAUAUGGCCAUGCUGCGGCUAAAAUUCCACCACCAAAAAUUAAUUUUCCCACGCCUAGUCCUAUGCAACAGGUAAAUUCAAUGGGGGCUGUAUCUGUCCCCCAGAUGGGAGCAGUUGCUCCAGCAGCAUCACAGAGUCUUGGCUUUAGAGGGCCAGGAGUUCCAAAUGAUUAUAUGAACCAGCAGUACUCUCCUUCUCAACAAAGUCAGUCAAUAAGACCACCUCAGGCUACCCCUCCAGGAACUGCCUCCCAUCCCCCUCAGGGCAUUAUUAGUCCAGGAUUCUCUAGAGGUAGUAUGCCUACAAGUACAGUUACUCAUCCCCGUCAAUCCAUUCCUGGUUCCACUUCUAGUCCAAGCGUUCCAAAUUCAAACAUCUCAACCAAUUGGAUUGGUGGAAAAACUAGUGAAGCUUUGACUGGCACAACCAACGCUACAAUGCAGCUACAAACUCAAGGUUCUGUGUUGUCCCAAUCUACUGUGAAUGAUCCUAAAGCACUAGCUGUUACUGGAAAUGGGUUUGCAACUGGCUCAUCUUUUGGAGGUGAUGUGUUUUCUGCAAUCUCUUCUAUUGGAAAACAAGAAACCCCUGUGCCUGCUUAUUCUUCUAGUGGUUCACCUGUUUUAGCAACUGCAGUUCCAGCUUCUAGUGGGGGCCACCUUACUGUUAAGUCCAAUUCACUUGAUUCACUGCAGAGUGCUUUUGCCAUGCAACCUCUUGGUGGUCAGCUUCAACGAGCCAAAUCACUUCCAACGUUAGACCAACAGGUUUCAGCUUCAAGUUCUUCCUCACUCACAACUCCUAGCAUUUCAGUUGGAGUUGCAAAUCCAUCUGAUAAUUCACAGAUUCCUUGGCCAAAGAUGAAACCAACCGAUGUUCAGAAAUAUGCAAAAGUGUUUAUGGAAGUAGAUACUGAUAGAGAUGGAAGAAUCACUGGUGAGCAGGCACGAAAUCUAUUUUUGAGUUGGAGGCUACCACGAGAGGUUCUAAAGCAGGUCUGGGACUUGUCUGAUCAGGACAGUGAUAGCAUGCUUUCUUUGAGGGAAUUCUGCUUUGCUCUCUAUUUGAUGGAGCGGUUCCGGGAAGGACGCCCUCUUCCAGUGUCACUUCCAAGGAACAUUAUGUUUGAUGAGACACUGUUGUCCAUGACAGGUCAACCAAAAGUUGCUUAUGGAAAUGCAUCAUGGAGCCAAAGUCCUGGUUCUGCACAGCAGCCUGGAGUCAGUACUCAGUUGAUAGCUCCUGCCACUGGUUUGAGGCCACCUGUUCCAGUGACUGGCCCUCGUGUCGUACCUGAUGGAGUAAUGGCGUCUAAUCAGCAGAAGCCAAGAGAACUGGUUUUGGAGGAUUCCUUUCUGAACAAAAGUGAUGGUGGGGAGCAGAACUCAGUGCCUCAGAAUGGAGUAGCCUCAGACAAAAAGGUUGAUGAACCAGAAAAGGUGAUCUUGGAUUCGAAAGAGAAGAUUGAGUUUUAUCGCACUAAAAUGCAGGACCUCGUUCUUUAUAAAAGUAGAUGCGAUAAUAGGCUAAAUGAAAUCACGGAAAGGGCCCGGGCAGAUAAGCAUGAGGCAGAGAUGCUGGGUAAGAAAUAUGAAGAGAAGUACAAGCAAGUGGCAGAAGUGGCAUCUAAAUUAACUAUUGAAGAGGCCACAUUCCGUGAGAUUCAGGAAAGGAAGUUAGAGUUGCAUCAGGCAAUUGUUAAUAUGGAACAAGGUGGAAGUGCUGAUGGUAUUCUUCAGGUCCGUGCUGAUCGUAUACAAUCUGAUCUUGAUGAGCUAAUGAAGGCUUUAACUGAACGCUGCAAGAAACAUGGAUUAGAGGUUGAGUCAACUGCUAUGGUUAAGCUUCCUAUUGGUUGGCAACCUGGAAUUCAAGAAGGUGCAGCUGCAUGGGAUGAAGACUGGGAUAAGUUUGAAGAUGAAGGAUUUGCCAAUGACGUCACUAUUGAUGUGAAAAAUGUUUCUACUGUGCAAAAAGAAAAAUGGUCGGAAGAUGGUAGUCAAACCCCUGAUUCUUUAUCAAAUGGUGAUGGCAAGUCAAGGAACUUCUUGAGUACUGGUGAACAUGCCCUUGAGGAUGAGUCUGCAUACUCCCACAGUGAAGAUGAAUUGGCAAGAAGUCCUCAAGGCAGUUCAGCCAGAAGAAAUGCACUAGAAAGUCCAUCUUCUGAUGUUUUUGCAAAGAGUAUUGAUCCAGAUGCAGAAACACAUAGAAGUUUUGAUGAAUCAACUUGGGGGGCUUUUGACACUCAAGAUGACAUGGACUCCGUCUGGGGUUUUAACACCAAUACUAAGGAUUCAGAUUCUGAUAAGCACAGAGAUCUCUUCGGAACUGGCGAUUUUGGUGUAAAGCCAAUAAGAACAGGAUCUCCAGCCUCAGAGAUUUUUCAUACAAAGAGUCCAUUUUUUGAAGAUUCUGUUGCUGGCUCACCAGUAUCCAGGUUUGGCAACUCUCCGAGAUACAGUGAAGCAGGGGGUAGCUUGGAUAAUUUCUCUAGAUUUGAUUCCUUCAGCGUGCAUGAAGGCGGAUUUUCUCCGAGAGAGAAGCUGACAAGGUUUGAUUCCAUAAGCAGCACAAAAGACUUAAGCCAUAGUCAUGCCUUCUCUUCUUUUGACGAUGCAGACCCAUUUGGCUCCAGUGGGCCAUUUAAGGUUUCAUCAGACAAUCAAUCUCCCAAAAAAGGUUCUGAAAGUUGGGGUGCUUUCUAGUUGGCAAUCCCAUUGUCUAUUUUUUUUUUCUCCUCUCUGCUAAUCGCUUCUCCCAUUUUGUUUUGGUUUUGCUCAUUGUGGCCAUUUUUUCUCCUGUGCUGUAUAGAUUGGGUUGAGAACUGGACCGAGACUGUUGUAAAGUUAUUUGGUAUGGUUGUGUUGCAAUUUUUGUGCCGAUUUAACAGUUUUUUUAGGAGGUCAGAAAGAAGUGAAACUGGUUUGGAUAAAAUUCUGGAAUACCAAGUGAACUGAUGAGGAUGGAGUUUGUUUUC